CUCUUUUCGAAGGUUAUUGAGGUGUUUUUGCGCGAGAUCUAAGCGCCUGAGCCCCUCCUAAGGCCAUCUGCAGCUGACGGCAGCCACCCGACAGGCGCAUCUCUGUCCACCCCUCCCUCUCUACCCGUGGGCACAAAGGCAUCUGUGUUGUGUGUGUGGUGAUGUCGGGCAAAGGCAAGGGCGGCCGCGGCAAGACCGCCGAGAAGACCAAGAAGGUCAGCACGGCAGAUGGAGGGAUGGAUGGAUGAAUGAAUGAAUGGAUGGAUGGGUGGAUGGAUGGAUGGGCACCAUGGAUCUGUUGUGAUGUGUGGUGUGAUGUGGUGUGGUGUGGUGUGUUGGCGCCCUUCCUUGGUUCGUUCGUUCUGCAGGUGAGCCAGUCGGUGCGUGCGGGUCUGCAGUUCCCCGUGGCGCGCAUCGCCCGCAACCUCAAGAAGGGCCGCUACGCCAAGCGUGUGGCCAAAGGCGCACCCGUCUACCUCGCCGCCGUGCUCGAGUAUCUGUGUGCUGAGGUCCUCGAAUUGGCCGGCAACGCCGCCCGCGACCACAAGAAGGUCAGAGGGGGACAGAGAGGGUGGAUGGAUGGAUGGAUGGAGGGAUGGAGGGGUGUGAGAGGUGUGUGUGUGUGUGUGUGUCAGAGUCGCAUCACGCCCCGCCACCUGAUGUUGGCCAUCAAGAACGACGAGGAGCUCGCCGAGUACAUGAAGGGCGUGACCAUCUCCAUGGGCGGCGUACUGCCCAACAUACACUCAGUCCUCCUGCCCAAGAAGUAAGCACACACACACCACACACAGGGAGAUUCAUGGGCUGAGGAGACGCACACAAAUCGGGGGGUGCCUUCUGUUGUGGUGUGUUUAUGUGUGUGUGUGCAGGUCUAAGGCCAAGGCUAGGAAGGAUGCAGAGGCCGCCAACAACGAGGAGUGAACCGACACACACCACAACACACCACACCACAUAAUACGACACAGUACGAAGACAACACAUCACAACGGAACGAGCGGCCUCACCCAUACGGACACACACACACACACACACACACACAAACACAUGGACACACAUACACGAGCCGGGGGCGGGUAGAUCUGUAUGUCGGCUGACGGGCUGGCUUUCUCUCUCUCUCUCUCUCUCUUGUCUUGCCUGCGGCCGUGCGGCCACACACACGCAUACACACAGAGGGGGCGUAGCGGCGAUUUUGCUGACAGCCACCGACCCAUACACACAUACACACAUACACACAUACACGUGCUCACCUGUACAUACCAUGCAUGUGUGUGUGUGUGUGUGUGUGUGGCCGUCGUCCCUCUGGCUGACCUCCUCUCUCUUCCCGCGUCCGGCUGGCUGGCUGGCUGCCCUCUGUAUCUCUCUCCCCCACAUUUUUGGUGUUGAUGGCCGGUUUUCCCACCCAUCGUCCACACAUGUCCACACACCUAUGAAUGCUUCUCUUCUCUCUCCUCCCCUUGAAAGCACAGACAGACAGACAGACAGACAGACAGACAUCCCACAUCUGUGCAGCCGACACACGCCAUCUUGUUGGCCGGUAGCUCCGUCCUUUCCAUGCCACCAUAUUCAUGUCUGCAUGUUUCCAUGGGAUGUCUGCAUGCAUUGUGUCGGUGAGUGAGUGAGUGCAUGAGUGUAAUUAAUCAAUUGGUUGUGCAGAUGGCUAUCGGGUGAAGUGCCUAGGUCAAUUCCUGUGCUUGUCUGCGUGGAUGGAUGGAUGGAUGGACGAAUCGCACCGUGACGGACAGCUCCAUGUGCGCGUGCAUGUGUCAGUGUGACUCUUGUGUGUGCCUGCAGUGCAUCUUGCAUGUUCGUGCGCAUGUAUGUGUGAG